GUUCCGCUCGCCGCCACUCCGCCCUUUGUAUCACUCCGCGAGGGGAGUGGAGGAGUUCGCGCCGCACUUUUGCUCGGUUGCUUUUCAAUCGUUCCGAUUCUCUAGUAAGUCGAACUUAAAACGCCGUCCAGCCAUGUCUUUCAAGUCGCCCUUCCGAUACCAGUUCUACUCCACCAGCUGCUGCGUCUGUUUCCACGUCCGCACGGGCGCGAUGUUACUCGGCGGCGCCUACGCGCUGAUGUAUUUGGUGAUGGCGUCAUUUCUCGCGGCUGCCACUAUCAGCCCCGAUGAGGUAGCAGAGUUCGCACAUAAGUACGACCUUCCCAACAGCUACUACUCAAACAUGUCCGACGGCGUCGACAGCUGCAUUGCUAUGGUGAUAUCUCUGCUGAUGAUGAUCAUGAGUGGGAUGCUGGUCUACGGGUCAUUCAAACACCGCAGUGGCCUCCUCAUUCCAUUCUUCUGCUACCAGCUUUUCGAUUUUGCUCUCACCUGCCUUGUGGCUGUGGGAUUCCUCACCUACCUGCCCAAGUUCAAGGACUACGUGGACCAGCUGCCGAACUUCACGUACAAGGAGGACAUUGAGAGCAUGGACUCCACUUGGGUGGUGCUCAUCUUUGUGCUGCUCUUCGCAUUUGUCCUGUCGUUCAAGGCUUACAUGAUCUGCUGCGUGUGGAACUGCUACAAGUACAUUGUGAACAGGAACAUCCCAGACAUGACCGUCUUCUCGGAUCAGAACAAUGAGUACCUGCUGCCUCCGUACGAGAUGGUUGUGAUGAAGAUUCCACCCAAGGACGACCCUCCUCCGUACACUCCGGCUUAAGUAGCAGGGAUGGGUCCCCGCGGCCUGCUGCUGGUGCAGUGAGCCAGCAACCCCCAGCAACUCUAGCAAAGUGCCCAUCGAUUUCCCUUCCGUGUCCUGGCACAGAAGUUGCGAACUUUAGGCAGAAGGUUAUUUGAGAGUGUCCUCUGAAGCGAAACAAAAUUCAUAGCAUUGGAAAUAUCUGUAGGUGGACUGCCGUGUGUGCUUGCAGAAUGUUGCGUAAGAAUUGCAUUCUGGCUGCCCCAAAGUGCGAGUGGUGUAACGAAUCCCUGAAACUUGAAGUGUAGGAGACCACCUGCGUAUGGCAUUUCUGGAACCUUUUGCCUCAUGUUCGCAAUCCCUAUUGGAAGACAAUCACCACAUUCCUCAUAGAUUUUUUUUGCUGCUUUACAUGCCUACGUAAUCUUAAUUGCUGUGUUAUUUGGUUAUAAAAUGUGUUGCGUGUGACUCAUAUUUUCAGAGUGCAGAUUAUUUAACGGAGUUUUCGUUCGCUUUUUUUUUGCUGUGUGUGCGCAUUGUUGUUAAGUUACUCUUUAAAUGAAGUUGGAAGUGACGAUUUUUGUAGUCUGGCCCCUUGGGGUGUACAAUAUAUCGAUUGGAAGACGUGAUUUUUGUUUGCUUCUGUAGUGUGUGACUUCAAAACGGUUAUCAUAGUGUGCGCCAUACCUUUAUUUAGAAAUUAAAAUGUUCCAUGUUUCACAGAUUACUCAUGCAAGGAAUGUGACUUUAGAGAAACAUAUAUCUCGUGGUCAGCGAUGAAGGAAGAUUUAUAAAAAAAAAAUAGAAAAGAGCUCUACAUCCAGUAAAUAUAUUUAAAUAACUGCUGUCUUCAAGGACUGAGAGGCAUGGCGAAUUGAUUUCUCCUAAGUCGUCAUGUCGACUCAUUAGGAUGUCUAUUUUCCUAGGAUAUUUGUAUCAUGUUCGCAGGACUUAACAGUGUAAGUAUGUUUUACCCAUACAUCGAAGAAGCUUAAACUAAUUUUCGCCUUUCGGUAAAGGUAGGCACUGUUGGCACUGUAACGUUUUUGGCUGUUAGUGAUCCAUUUCUUUAAAGUGCGUAACGUAGCCGAUGCUGUAUCCAUUCCAUACACAUUUUGUUUACAGUCGCUCCCAAGAAAGGGGUUAUUCUAUUAAAUUGCAGUCAUCGCUAGUUUAAAAACUUGGGACAGAUAGUUGCAAUAUUUUCCUUGUGGCCGUGUGGAAUCUCAGUGUUUGUUGCAUGCUUUGCCAUACGCAAAGGAUAUCUUUUAAUGUAAUGCCCAGUUUUGAAAACACCAUCGCUAUUGUUUAUAAACUGCGAUUACUGAUAUGCAUAUAGAGACUGCACAUGACAGUAAAUUAAAUGUGUUAUUUUUUUUAGCAUUUUCAGGAAUCCAAGUCACUAUAAUAAAUAUAAUUUGUAUGAUUGGCCAA